CUUAAACCAUUAUGUCGUCAGAAGAGAACCAGUUCAACCUCCAGGGCUACAACAUCAUCACAAUCCUCAAGCGUUUGGAAGCUGCUACGUCGCGUCUUGAAGAUAUCUCGAUUUUCCAGACUGAGGCUCAGAAGAAUGCUGGAGAAAGAGCCAUCAGCUCGGGAUCUACCAAUUCCACUGCCUCAGGACCAAUCGGUGCAAUUUCGGGCCCAAAGGCUCCUGUUGCACCAUCCUCUGCUGGUGAAAGUGCUGCUGCUGUUGCUAAACCAAAAUCGGUUGUUGCAUUUGAAGCGUUCAUAAAGUCUAGCAUUGGACCCCUUGUGGAAAAAUCUAACCAAAUCGACCCAUUGGUUGGAGAGGCUGCUUCGCUACUCCAAGCUGCCUUUUCAGAACAGACUCGUUUCUUGGAAAUCGUUGCUAAAGCCAAAAAGCCCGAUCUUUCCAACUCCAACUUCGUUCAGGUAUUGACUCCUAUAAACAAGAAGGUCUCGGAAAUCAUCGGAUUGAAGGACACUAACAGAAGAUCCGAGUAUUUCAACCACUUGAACACCAUCGCUGAAGGUGCCUCUGUAGUCGGCUGGAUCGUUACUGACACUCCGGUAUCGGCUGUGCCUGAAUUCAAGGACUCGGCUAAGUUCUGGUCGGACAGAGUUCUUAAGGAAUUCAGGGAAAAAGACCAGAAACACGUGCAAUGGGUCCAGCUGUUUUUGGCCAUCUUUGACGACUUGAAGACCUACAUUAAGGAGUUCCAUACAACUGGCCCAGCCUGGAAUAACGCUUCUGGUGUCUCCUUUGAAGAAGCCUUGGAAUCGGUAGACUCUUCUUCUUCUUCUGCUGCUGCUCCUGGGGCAGCUGGUGGGGCUCCUCCACCACCACCACCUCCACCACCACCUCCAGCAUCUCUUUUUGAUGAUUCCAAGCCUAAGGAAGCUCCUGCUGGUGGAAUCAAUGCCGUCUUUGCUGAAUUGAACCAGGGUGAAAACAUCACUUCUGGACUCAAGAAGGUUGACAAGUCAGAAAUGACUCACAAAAAUCCUGCUUUGAGAGCCCAAGCACCAGCAGUGGCCAAAAAACCGGCUCCGCCAAAGAAACCAUCCAGUUUAUCGUCGUCUGCUGCUAAAAAGCCAGCACAGAAGGAGUUGAUCGAUGGAACAAAGUGGAUCAUCCAGAAUUACACUGCAGCCGAUGUCGCCGACGGCAGUCCAAUUGUGAUUGACGUAGAGAUGCAUCAGUCAGUAUUCAUUGGUAACUGUGAUGGUAUCACUAUUCAACUCAAGGGUAAAGCCAAUGCUGUGUCUAUCUCUGAAACCAAGAACACCGGUAUAGUUGUAGACUCGUUGAUCUCUGGUGUCGAUAUCAUUAAGUCGUAUAAGUUUGGCUUACAGAUUGUUGGUGUAGUCGCAAUUAUUAGCAUCGACAAAUCUGAUGAAGGUAGUGUGUAUUUGUCCAAGGAGUCAGUGGAAGCUGAUGCUCAGGUUUUCACCAGUAGCACCACUGCGUUGAACAUCAAUGUUCCUACCGCUGACGACUACGAGGAGUUGGCAGUUCCCGAACAGUUCAAGCACACCAUCAAGAACGGUAAGUUGCAGAGCGAUGUUGUUGAACAUGUGGGUUGAUAGAAUAGUAUGCGAUUGCUACAUGAAUGAAUUUCUGAGAGUGAAAAAUGCAAGUAAAUGAAAUAGAAAUGUAAGAGAAGAAUACAAUCUGACCUCUGG